CUAAGGAAGAAUGACAAAAACAUGAGGAGCGGUGAAGAGGUCCGAAAAACAAAAAGAAAAGAGAGAUAAAAUCGGGUCUCACAGUUUUAUGACCUUCGCCUUCCGUUAGGUUUCAUUAUCCGAACCUCACACUUCGCCAUUACUCUUUUCUUCUCAACUUCCUUGAAACCGGAGAUUUUCUUGUGGAUCUUCUUCAUCAGGUGAAGAUGCAAGGUGCUGUGCGAUCAUUUCUAUCACACGGAAACGUUGUGAAAACUGCUGUUCUGCAACAAAUUCGUCUAGCAAACCCCCAGAUGAGGCCUGCAAUGUUUUCAUGCUUUACGACAUCAGCUAAUUCUGCAAACAUUGAAGAACAUGGCUUUGAAAGCACUACUAUUGAUGAUAUCUUGAAAGCAAAAGGCAAAAGUGCUGACGGAUCAUGGCUUUGGUGCACUACAGAUGACACAGUUUACGAUGCCGUCCAGUCGAUGACUCAGCACAAUGUUGGAGCCUUGGUGGUUGUUAAGCCUGCGGAGCAAAAUUCAAUUGCUGGUAUUAUAACAGAAAGAGAUUAUCUGAGAAAGAUUAUAGUGCAAGGCAGGUCUUCCAAGUCUACCAAAGUUGGGGAUAUCAUGACUGAGGAGAACAAACUUAUCACUGUGACACCCGACACCAAGGUUUUGCGAGCCAUGCAACUUAUGACUGAUAACCGAAUUAGGCACAUACCCGUCAUUGAUGACAAGGGUAUGAAAGGCAUGGUGUCGAUCGGAGACGUGGUUCGGGCUGUGGUGAGCGAGCACCGAGAGGAGCUAAACCGCCUGAACGCUUUUAUUCAGGGAGGUUAUUGACAUCGCUUGCUUGCUUGCUGCUGGUAUGAUGUUUGGAAAAACCAGAACGGUUCAGCUCUUGUAAAUAUAGCCUGGUAUGUGCACGCACUCUCAUGUUGUUUGGUUGUGCUCAAUGUUUCUGGUACAAUAAUCAGUGUCUGGACCACCUAUUAUGUAAUAAUAGACGCCAACUUUGCUUUCCUAAUUUCCUCCCUAAGCUACCUUUCCUUUUAUGGAGAUGACAAAAUUCUCCCGACGUGGCGACUCACCCUGAAUGAAGCAAUCAAUUUCUGCUU